AUGGCCUAUCUGCUGGUGUUCUCCAUCUGCUUGGCGUUGUUGUUGGCGUCCAUAUCGCUGUAUCGGUAUGGUUGCAUCCAGCGGCAGCAUCCGAUUGUGACGUUUUCUGUGCUGACGGCAUGGAGUUUUUCCUUUUUAAUUGUUUUCACAAUCCCACUCGACAUUACUUCGACUGUUUAUAGGCAAUGUAUCCAGAACACUACCAACGGGUCAAAUAGCGAUGCGCCAGAAAGAAUCUGCCAGCGACCCUGGGGCAUGGUGGAGGAAGAGGUUUUUCCGAAUCUGUGGCGCAUCAUCUAUUGGUCCUCGCAGUUUCUAACGUGGUUAAUCAUGCCCUUGAUGCAGUCUUACCUGAAGGCGGGUGACUUUACCAUCAAGGGAAAACUAAAAUCGGCCCUUGUUGAUAACGCCAUCUACUAUGGCACGUACUUGUUCAUCUGUGGCAUACUGUUGAUCUAUCUCGCUCUAAAACCAAUUCCACUGGACUGGUCAAAGAUAAAAGCGAUCGCAUCGUCAGCGUCCAACACAUGGGGUCUAUUUUUGCUGGUGCUUUUACUCGGCUACGCACUGGUCGAAGUGCCUCGUAGUCUGUGGAACAAUUCGAAACCGGGCUUCGCGCUACAGUAUGCUUACUUUAAGCUCUCCAAACUGAGCUCCGAGAAGGCCGAAGCCGAAGAGAACGUCGACGAUGUGCUGGAGAGCUUGCAAUCGGCCAGCAGAGCCAUUCCACUACGACACGAGUUGAGGCCAGCGCUGGAAACCAUUUUUCGCAAAGUGCCGACAGAGUUGAUGGAACGGGCGAGUCGUAUAAAUCGAGAGGACGGUUCCCCGAUGGCCGUUCCAUCGGAGAAGGCACUGGUACGCCUCCACAGGCAGGUAAUUAAAUCUCUCCAAACGCUCCAGCGUACCGAGGCACUGUGGAGCGUGCAAGUUAACAAGGUGCUACACCUGGAGGAUGUGGCCAAGAAUGCAGUCUCGCUGGAUCACCGGUUCAAGAGCGAAUUUCCCCCACAUCGGGUUGGUUUGGCGCGGGCCCUCUACAGCCCAACGAUGGACUGGUACUGGGAGUGUGUGGUAAAGGCACCCUUCCUGAAAGCGCUCGCUGUAAUAACCGCCUUCCUUUCGUUCACGGUCGUGUGGAGUGAACUGACAUUCUUCAACCGCGUACCCGUCCUAUCGAUCUUCGCGAGAAUACUGAUCGCAGCCAAAGACCGCUAUGAUUUCGUUACCAUCGAGCUGUUCUCCAUGCUAACGCUCUGCUACCUCUGCUACUGCGCCUACUCUACCGUAUUCCGGAUUAGGUUCCUCAACCUCUACUACCUGGCGGCCCAUCAUCAAACGAACGAGUACAGUCUGAUCUUCAGCGGAAUGUUGCUGUGCCGGCUGACGCCGCCGAUGUGUCUCAACUUUCUCGGCAUGAUUCACAUGGACUCGCACAUCAUAACGGAUGUACAACUCGAGACGCACUACACGCAAAUUAUGGGCCACAUGGAUGUGAUCGGUAUAAUUUCGAACGGAUUCAACAUCUACUUCCCGAUGGUUAUGCUUGCCUUCUGCCUGGCUACCUGGUUCUCGCUAGGCAGUCGCGCACUCAAUGCCCUUGGCUUCCAGCAGUUCAUGCUGAACGAAACCAUAGCCGUCGAGCUUGUACAGGAGGGCAAAGAUUUGAUUGUGCGUGAAAAACGCAAACGCCAGCGAGCCGAAGAUGCUCUCGCACGGAGGCGAGACAAUAUUUUGGGACAGAUCAGUCGCGAUGGCGGAUCCAAUGGAACGGGACACUCCGGCAGCAUUGGCGGUUCUGGAACAUCCGGCGGCAAUGGUGGUGGCAGCGGCGGAGGCAACAUGAUGUCCAAAUACAAAUCCCGUAAUCUCGAUACCGUUGGACCGAAUGAUGAUCUGGUCGGGCAUGGUGACCGUCUGGAUUACAGCACGAAUGUUGGUGGAGUGCGAGGUGUGGAUGACAUCAGCCGGUCGCUAUCGCAGGAAAUAAACGAGCGAUUCGGAGUAAGCACAGGAGUUUCUGUCGGAUUCAAAGGAUACGGGACAAAUUUCGACGAAGAGGACAACCGUCUCGGUGGAGCUGGACGUUCCGGUGCGAAGCCUAAAGGUUUAUUUGACGAUGUCUAAUAUUGAGUGUUUAUUCUUCCUCAACUAUCGAUGAUUUUAAUGCAGCUUCAGUUUUUAAAUUGUUCUAAGCUCUUAAAGCUAAUUUUUGGUUGUGCAAUUGAUGUUCAACAUUGAACACCAGAACUGGUGAAAUUGAAUUUCCCUUUAAGUUAUAGCGGUUUAAAGCAGACAGCACCAGAUAAUGUAUCCAUUAUGUAUGGAAAAGGCUAGAAGAUUAACAGCACGAGUACAAUGCUUUCUUAGGAUAACAAUUGAAAAAACACUCCACUUUAAACCACUAACCGAACACUAGUAGGACACCUAAAAUCAUAUUGAAAGGAAUCCUUCGGUCCUGAAAAAGACAACACAAAUGUAUUAUGCAUGCUAACCUUUUGCGCUGUAAAAAUAGUGAUAAAAUUGCACCUUAUUGAAUAAAGUAUUCUUGAAUGUACUCGCAACGAGCUUAU